GCUGAUCCGUUGGUGGCGCCUCCCAGGGCGGCGCGGGGCACACCGGACGCAGAUGCCUCUCUUCAGUCUGUCGCCACCUGUUCUCCAUCCGCGAACGGGACCAUGUCGUGAGCGCAGUCAUGUGACACUCAAACAGCAUCUCAGGCGGGCAUGCCCCUCUUGUGAUGAUGCUGCCGCCCCCAUUGCUGCUGCUCUGCCUCUUCCUAGUCAGCUGCGAGUCGGGCAAGAGCAACCCGCACAGGAACGUCUCUGAACUGCUAGACAACUUGCUCAGGGGAUACGAUAACAGCGUGCGGCCUGACUUUGGAGGUCCGCCGGCGGUUGUGGAGGUGGACAUGGUAGUGCGCAGCAUGGGGCCCAUCUCAGAGGUCGACAUGACAUAUUCAAUGGACUGCUACUUCAGACAAACAUGGGUUGAUCGGCGAUUGGCAUUCAAAGGCAGCAAAGAGACAUUGGCACUCAGCAUCUCGAUGUUGAAACGCAUCUGGAAGCCGGACACCUAUUUCUACAAUGGGAAACAAUCUUACCUCCACACCAUCACCACACCAAACAAAUUCGUGCGGCUCUAUCAGGAUGGCAGAGUGCUCUACUCAUCCCGGUUAACAAUAAAAGCAGGAUGCCCGAUGAACCUAGAGAAUUUUCCCAUGGAUACACAGAGAUGCCCGCUCAAGUUCGGCAGUUUUGGGUACACGACGCAGGACGUGUUGUACCAAUGGAACUCGGCCCGGAAAGUGUCCAUUGCAGAAGACAUGAAGCUAUCCCAAUUUGACCUAAUUGCCACUCCAGCAGCAAAUCAGACUGACAUUGUCAAAGCAGGUAAAACGAAGGCGUUGAAUGUGCUGCAAACCAAACAGAUGCUAAUACGCCGCUUCUUUUCAGGAGAGUAUUCGAUGCUGCUCGUGAGCUUCCACCUCCAAAGGCACAUGGGAAACUUUUUAAUUCAAGUCUACGGCCCCUGCAUCCUGCUCGUGGUGCUCAGCUGGGUUUCCUUUUGGCUCAAUAGAGAAGCCACUGCCGACAGAGUUUCGCUAGGUAUAACCACUGUCUUGACAAUGACGUUCCUCGGAUUAGAAGCCCGCACUGACCUUCCAAAGGUGGCUUAUCCCACUGCCCUCGAUUUCUUUGUUUUUCUCUCGUUCGCCUUUAUUUUCGCCACUAUAAUUCAGUUUGCAGUGGUGCAUUACUUCACGAAGUAUGGAUCUGGUGAAGUUUACUUCAGCUCAGAGUUCACCUCAGACUCGGAUUCUUCCGACAGUGACGCUUGGGACACGGACAAUGCACAUUCCUCACAAGACGAAACACUGAACGACUAUUCGCUUCCAAGCAGAGACACUUGCGUCGAGGUGAUUCCGCUGUCCGCCCCCAGCUGCCUCCAGCGCGAGCCGCCCCCGCCGUGGCUGUGCUUCUCGCGGCCGCAACGGAGGCCUGCCGCCUUCCCGACCGCGCUGCGGGACCAGCGGAGGCGGGACCCGCCGUCCGCCCCCGCUCCCAAUCUGACCCGGAGGCGUCGGUCCUCGGCGUCGUGUCCGUCGCGGCCGCCUCCGCAGCGCCGGCGUCGAAAGAAACGCACGCCGCGCUACAACUCUGUGUCCAAGAUCGACCGCGCCUCGCGCUUCGUGUUCCCGCUCUGCUUCCUCGGCAUAAACGUGUUCUACUGGUACGCUUACUUGGCCAGAAGUGAGCGCAUAAAGAACUGAGAAAGAAAGAAAGAAAGAAAAAUACACGCCUGGUAGAUUCGCAAUUUAGGCUCCGAUCGCACCACCUCAUUUGAUGUUUUCUUUUUUUUAAAUAGGAGGACAAUUUAUUUGAAUUAUCAAACCGUGUUUUGUGCUUUAUUAUUUUUCAGACACGACGCCUUAAAGUAGCACUGGAAUUUAAUUUUUUGACAGUGACUAUUGAUUGCUGAGGGUUGGAUUAGUAAAGGCAUUUGCAUCACUGGAUCCACAAUUCGAUUCGACCUGCCGGAAAUCGGUAGAAACGUAAAAAUUAUUACUUUGGCGGUUUUUGGUUUGACAGGAACGCUAGGGACCAAUCAGAGAAGGCAGAUGGUUCUCUCUAAUUGGCCACAUCGAGACAGCAGCGCCACAGCGACAGCCCCUGGAAGCAACAACCAGCUUGGCUCGUUUCUGUUGUAACGAUUUUUAAAUUUCUACCGAUUUUCUGCACCUCUUGUCGAAUUGUCGACCGAGUGAUUCGGUUGUAAACCUAAUUUAACCCUCAGGAAUCGAUUGGCAAUGUCGAAAAAUAAAUUGCAACACUUCUUUAGUAUAUUUAAACAUUUGAUCUGGUGGUGCUCGUAUUUUUAAAGCGUAUAUCUGUACACAAAAAGAGAGUGUAAAAGCCGUAUUGUUGGAUUUUAUUCUUGGUGUGUGAAUGCAUGUUUCAUGAAAAUCGAUUGCUAUGCAAUAAGGGUUCAUGUGCGAAAGUGAAAAUCAAACUUAUCUCUUGAACGUCUAGACGCAUAUGUUGAGUUGUAAUGGAAUUUUUAACUUUGAAUUUUUAGACAAGUAAGCAAACGUUGUAAAUUUUAAAUCUAGUCAGGAUUGCUGGUUGGAUGAGAAUCAAAAAAUUUGUCAAAGGCACAAAAAGAAACGCGAGCAGGAAUAUCUCGUUUUGUUCUGCUUGAAGGAAAAAGGCUUCAUCUAACGGAGCGCCGAUUCCAAAAGUCAAUAUUGGGCGAGCUGUUAUAAGGAGAGCAGUAAUUUUUUGGCGGUCCCUCUCGUGAAUGGCCGAGUGAAAGAUUCAUAUGCGUACGCGCGUAUAUAUAGCGUGUAGAAGGGGGAUGCAAAAAGUCGCCCGAUUGGAGAUCGUUGGCCGUAAAAACACCUGGUGGAAGUAAUCCUUCUUAUUUUGCAGUCCGUUUUUUCCGCGAGCAGCUCGGCGCGCGCUCGAUUAUUUUCUUCAAGCAAUGCACAGUUGGAAAAACAGCGCAGUGCAGCCAAUGAAAGUGGCCGCUUUUUUCAGGCCAGCGGCUUCGACGCCCGGUUUCCUCUCGCUAUUCACCUCUAGAGAAUUCAUAAAAAUUUAUACAUAUGCAUGCACUUGCUCUGCCCUCAAGUGCUAGAGGAUUUAAAUAUUAAUGCUCCCGUCGGAUGACUUCUAACCUAUUGUUCCUCACUGAAGAGUCUUUCUAGGCCGAUUCACUUAUAUCUAUAUUUUGCAUACAUUUCUCUCCAUUUCGUUGACUGAAUAAGAAAUGUAAAAUCCCUUCCCAACAACUUCUGAUCACCUUUCUCGUGCCACUCUUUUGAUUUGUUUUCUUUUUCUUUUGGCGGUGCGGGUGCACACCGAUUGAGCCCCUCGAGUGAAACUCCAUCAGCCAAACCAAACAGUCGCUUGAUUAAAAAAUAAAUAAGAACACGGGAGCAAGAGGGUUUCGAGGAUUUCCGCUGGCCUGAUAGAACGAAACGUACUACUUUAUCCUUUUUUGCGCUCAACUGUUCGCUCUCAUUUUUAUUGCAAAAGAGAUUAUUUGGAUAUGAAGAAAUAAAAAUCGAAACAAUAAUUCAACACCAA